AUGGAUCCAGCUCCGGCUGCUGCAAAGCCUUGCAAGGAAGCAGAAAUGCUGCUCCCAGGUCCCAGUUUGAGCGGCAAAUCCAGCCUGCGCAUGAAACUGGAGGGCUCCAAGUGCCGGGGGCAGCUCCUCAUCUUCGGGGCCACCAACUGGGACUUGAUCGGCCGCAAAGAAGUGCCUAAGCAGCAAGUUGCAUACCGGAAUCUGGGCCAGAACCUGUGGGGGCCGCACAGGUACGGGUGUCUCUCAGGUAUUCAGGUGCGGAGCGUGGUGUCGGGACCCUGCGCCGCCCACAGCCUGCUCAUCACCGCCGAGGGCAAGCUCUGGAGCUGGGGGCGCAAUGAAAAAGGGCAGCUGGGCCACGGGGACACGAAGCGGGUGGAAGCCCCGAAGCUCAUCGAGGUGCUGGGGGGCGAAGCCAUCGUGCUGGCAGCCUGCGGCCGCAACCACACGCUGGCGCUUACAGAGAGCGGCUCGGUGUUCGCCUUCGGGGAGAAUAAAAUGGGGCAGCUGGGGCUGGGGAACCAGACCGACGCCGUGCCCAGCCCUACGCAGAUCAUGUACAACGGGCAGCCCAUCACCAAACUGGCCUGCGGGGCCGAGUUCAGCAUGAUCAUGGAUUGCAAAGGAAACCUCUACUCCUUUGGGUGCCCCGAGUACGGGCAGCUGGGGCAUAAUUCGGAUGGGAAAUUCAUCGCCCGGGCGCAGCGGAUAGAGUACGACUGCGAGCUGGUGCCGCGCCGUGUGGCCAUCUUCAUCGAGAAGACCAAAGAUGGGCAGAUCCUGCCCGUCCCCAACGUGGUGGUGCGGGACGUGGCCUGCGGGGCCAACCACACGCUCGUCCUGGACUCGCAGAAGCGCGUUUUCUCCUGGGGGUUCGGGGGUUACGGGCGGCUGGGCCACGCCGAGCAGAAGGACGAGAUGGUGCCUCGGCUGGUCAAGCUCUUCGACUUCCCGGGGCGCGGGGCGGCGCAGAUCUACGCCGGCUACACGUGCUCCUUCGCCGUCAGCGAGACAGGUGGGUUGUUUUUUUGGGGUGCCACCAACACCUCCCGGGAGUCCACCAUGUACCCCAAAGCCGUGCAGGACCUCUGUGGCUGGGAAAACCGCAGCCUGGCCUGUGGGGAAAGCAGCAUCAUCGUGGCAGCAGAUGAGAGCACCAUCAGCUGGGGUCCCUCGCCCACCUUCGGGGAACUGGGCUACGGGGACCACAAGCCCAAAUCCUCAACGGCCGCUCAAGAGGUGAAGACCCUGGAUGGGAUCUACACAGAGCAGCCACAAAUAUUCCCGGCCGCGGGCUCGGGGUAA